GUAGUCUGCCUGCUGCGAAAGGCACAGGUGCGGUGCUGUUUCGUGGGCGAGGCGGCGCUGAUCUACUACGGCGCUCAUCGUAUUAUGACAGACUGGAUACUUUGUAUCGAUGAUGACCAGUUCGACACUGCGGUUGCUUUGCUUGAACUGGAGUCCAAGAUUGUGCACCCAUUUCGACACUCUGCCAUGAAGCCUAACGGCACCAUCGAUCACCGCUUUCCGCGAUACAAGUUCACGGGCGCCCGAUGCUUCUUCCACGUCGUCCCGUCUUGGGUUUAUCGCGUUUCCUGCGACGACGAUUCAAUCGAGUUCAGCAGGAAAGGUCUGCCAUUUCCAAAGCUACAGGUCUUUGCGCAGUCCCUGCUAGAAACCAUGAAUCGCGUCGACCUUCAAGACCUCAUUGACGGCAUGAAUCUGACAUACGAAUGGGGCUUGGAGAAUCUGGUCCUCGAAGGAACCUCGGACACCACGUGGGCGGCACGUAGA